GGUCAUUGUGUGGUAGUAUUUCACUGCACCAUUAUUGAUCAUGCUUAUCACGUACGUCACGAUUUAUACACUAUAAACAGGAGCGCGCGAACCCUGUGCUUGUGGCCGGCUGGCUUAUUCACACAGCGAUCACACUAGCUCUACGUUCUAACGUACGUGCACACACUGUUUACGGAAAGCAUUGUCAAUUCACCAAGAUAAGAGGACAAAGAAACGGUCUUUGAGCGGUCAUGUUGGCGGAGACCUAUAGGCUACAUUGAAUCACCAGGACACUUUUAAAGGCGGCACAGCCAUGCAACGACUUAUGCAGAACAGUCAUAGUUCUUCUGUUGAUCGGAGGGCUCGGCCACCCAUGGUGUCCAACAGACUGGAAGAACCAAUGGCACUCUUUGCUGUGCCAUUGCCAAGUUCCAGUAAGAGCGAUUUCUUGUGCCUCUGUAAACGUCUAUUCUGGAGCGUUGGGACCUCUUACUUCUCGGCUUUCUGUCCUCUGACCGCUGAAGAAACCAGACUUCUACCACAUUCUUCCGCGGUGGUCCAACUCGUAUCGGUGACACCUGCUGUACCUCCCGGUAAUGAUGGCAAGCAAUAUCUGAAGCAGGAUCUAUUGGCGUACACUAUACCGGGAGACAUUGUCGGUAUUCCUUAUGUAGCCAUCUCAAAGAACCAUCAACCAAGGGGAAAACUUGCCAAAGCUUUUCCUUUUGACGAUCUGGCGUCGUGUGCAUGGGUCCCCGCUAUCAAUGCCCCAUUCGUGGGCUGCACAGCUGAUGAAAUAGGUAUAGGCCCCCAAAAGGACGUGUUCAUCAUUAAGAAUGAUGAGAAGACGAGACAGUCGUUGUUGAAGGGUGAGAAUGUCAUCUUCUCACAACAGGACGGCCAAAGUAGUAACAGUGAAGAGUCGAGUAUCAAGUCCGCCCCAGAACUGCGACCGGAGCAGGUCAUUCCUCGAAACUUGCCGCGAAAAGAGAGCGCACUGCCAACUAACGUCUCUCCUACUUCCAGCUCGUUGUACAAGUUGUACAACUCGGGCAAGAGAGAUACAGAGAAUGGAACGUCCAUCACUCCAUCAGCAAAUGGAUUGAACGUUCCCGUCAAAGAAUCAACACCAACGCCGCCCAAGAAAAAAAAGGAGUUGCCUACAAUGGUUCUACCUCGGAUCGAUGCCGUGUUUUCGUUGGCAGAUUCGACAACCACUAAUGAAAGUUUAUCAAAGAAGAUUGCAGAUACCCUAGCGAAAAGAAGUGCUUUUUCAUCGCAGCAAAGCCACGCCGUGAAGACGUCAACACCAGUAGAUUCCGGCACGACCUCGAAAGAUGCACCACUUAAACAAGGUGAUUGUGGUAUCCCUAAGUCUCAGUUAACGAACUCCCCAAGGACUUCUGCGAUUGGAGCAACCAUGGCAUCUGAAUUACGAGAGUCACGUUCAGGUACGACUCGCACAUUAGCAACACCCACAAUGGCAAGCAGAAGUGGCUCUGUACAAUCCUCUCCAGUCUGUUCAUUAGAUUCGACGAGACAACCCGAUGAACGACCGUCUGCCCAGACUGUCCAUCCAGUCAAUGCCAUUCCUCGUGGGAAGACCGACGGUGGGGCCCAGGCGCAACAACAACAACAACUCGUGAAGUUGUGGGAGUCGUCAGAAAUCACGCCAAGCGGUCCAGUAUCCCAGUACAGACAGGGUCUUGAAAAUCAAGCGCGUUCCUGCAGAAGGUCGCCUGGCUUAACCGUGAAACAAAUUCUGAUGAGUCGUCGUCAGUUAACCUCUCCGUUACAUUUUGCACAUUCUACCAGUGUAUCUGCAGGAACAGGAGCUUUCCGUUCUUUCGAGGCAGUAUAUGCAAAUGAAGUCGCUGAUGUAAAUGAUGCGCAGACGUGUUCCGCUUUUCAAACAAACUCUGAUGAAUCCAACACGACAACACUUGGCGAAGCUAUUGGGAUCGUGGUGGAUUGUGUAAACAGUAGUGAUGCAGUCUCUCCAUGCGAAGAGGGUGAAAAGGUUAAAGUGCCUCCUUUGAAAAUGGUUAUAAAAACCAAACGAGACAGUGACAAUAAGGUCAAAACAACUUGUCAUCCUGUCGAAGAAAAGCUUGCCGACUUUGAUGGCAAAGUUCUAUGUCUUAAACUUCAUAAACUGGACAUCAGUCGUUAUAGCUUUGCAGACUCGGAUUUGAUAGUGAAAAGUGACUGCGAGUCCAAGGAAAAUGCAAGUCUUCUUGGAGCACAGGAAACCACAAGUGUCGGUAACACAGCUAACUUUCAGAAUGGAGACAAACAUGUCAUUCAACCAGAAGCCACAGUUGGUGUACACGUACUCGACCAACUGACGACAAAUUUGGAUGUCGAAGACACAGUAGACAACAUCGACAUUGGCAUUCCGGGAAAUGUUAAACGCCUGGCAUCUGUUACAAAUGGAUGUGAUCAAGAUGGUGAACAUAAGAAGAAAAAGAAAAGGCGAAGAAAGUUUCGACUGACCCUGUCAAAAAGAUGUAAACCAAGUCACAACCAUGACAGGCCGACCUUUCAACGAAAAUUGGAACGAAAGAUAGAUUCCACACUGACAGAAGGGCGGGAACACCUUUCUGACUGCCAAAACACGCUGCCAAAAAGAACUAAACAACACAUACUUGAAGACCUGUCUUGUAAUAACGUCAGUGCUUUUGACAAUUACUUCCAAGGGCAACCUACGGACCACGAGCCCUCAAUAACACAUGAGGUGGCAGAGGAGUUCCAGAGUCACAUUGACGGGUCAGGAAAAGAGUUUGCGACAGACGUCUCACAUACUGCUCAAAAGAUACAUGAAUUUCAAGACGAUCUAUGGAGCGAUGGGGCAAGUUCGACCGACAUCGACAGUGAAUGGGAAUGUCCAGACAAAAAGUCUGCUGAAGUCGACAGUGACUGGGAUUCCAGUUUAGAAGAUGAAGAAACAAACUCACCUUUCAAAGGUGUACAACCGAUCAAGAGCUCACCUUUUGGAGAUCUCCAGCAUAUGGUGCUGCAGGACAGAUUGAGGCUGCUAGAACAAACAUUAAAAGAGCACCAAUCGGUCCUAAAUGCGAUUCAACGACCACAUGAUACUUAACGCCGAAUCUUUGAAAUGAUUCGCUGUCGGAAAUACAGAUUCCAGAAUGGGAGCAAAGUCAUUCUAUACCAAAUGUUUGUUUCACGAUUGCACUUUAGAUACCAAUGUUUGCCUUUGUAUAAAAGCUUCAGUAAUACAUGUAAAUUGUUUCAUUUUUUGGUUCCCUUUUUAUCUGUAAGUGACAGCAGUGCUUAAUGUAAACUUUAUUAGCUGUAUAAUGCUUGGUAGAUUUUCUAAGGCUGAAGGUAACUUUCUGGGAAAGAUUUGUAAGAUCGAUACUUAGCUCGCCUUAUUUGAAGGUCAAGUUAUUUAACAUUUGUGAUAAUACCUGUAGUUAAGACGAAACCAUGCAAUGAUUUGAUUGGAUUGUUUAAUGUACGUCUUGGAAAUUGCUUACAGUAGUUUCGCAUGAGUCCCUUCAGACAAGGAUAUCUCAACCCUAAAAGGUCCAAUGGCGGCAUCCGCCCACGUCCGUUUUUGUUGAUAUCAUCACCGCGCGUAUUUUUUUUUUCGUGCGGAGUCGCAAAGAGUUUGUAGACUGAUAAAUUGCGGACAGUUUGACACAUUCGUCCUAAAAAUGUCGAUUUUCGAAAAUCUUUAAAAACAUGGAAUAUUAAUGACCACCGAAAAACCAGUCACAAAUCAAGCAGAAAUGGAACAAGAAGUCCUGCUAGAGUCUAGUUACCAGCGGCGACAUACGAAUGUCUUUGUCGCAAACAAAGGUGCAUAGCUGGCGACGUACCGGUAACUCAAGACUUGAGGAUGACUUGUAAAUGAUUUCUUGGCCAAAAGUCAAACCUCUCUAGCUUAAGAGUACAUGUAGUAUGACGUAACGUGAGUUAAGGACAUUUUUCAAAUGGAGGGGUUACAAGAUGUAUGCGCUUUUGAGACAGAACAUUGUUUCAACCUACAAGUAUCUACAGGGUGAGUCAAAUAAAAGCGAAAUUCAAAUGGCAGGACCACUUUUUGAAUGACGUUUUGCCUGUAACACUUUCAAAAUCAAGGAUAUGAAAGCCUAAUCAAUCAGCUUUCUUCUAGUGCAGGAAUCAUUCAAAUCACUCGUACUUUUCAAGUUACGGAAUUUUGAACACAAUACCGUUUUAAAGUUCUGUCCACGGAUCACAAAAUAAGUAAGUGUUCUUUCAUCAAAACGAAAACAAUUCACAUGCAUCCCUUUGAGAAUUUUUUUCGUUUUGCUGAAAGAAUACUACUUUUUUUUGUGAUCCGUGGACAAAAUUUUAACACGGUGUUAGUGUUCAAAAUUCUGUUACUCAAAAAGUACACGAGUGAUUUCAAUUAUUCUUGUACUAAAAGAAAGCAUAAUGUCUGAGCUUUCAAAUCCCAGAUUAGAAAAGUUCCAGAGGCAAAACUUCAUUCAAAAAUUGAUCCUGCCAUUUGUGUUUUUUUUUACUCACCCUGUAUAGAUAAUACUAAAACAAUGUUUGCUAAUGAGCCAUAUAUGCUUCAAAACGGGGACAUGUAUGUCUAAUGUGCCAAAUUGUAAAUGUUAACUGUGUGAUAUAUGUUUUACAUGUUUUAACUUAAAAGUAAAAUAGCAUGUGCUGAAAUGUAAAUAUUGCUUUUGCUUUUUCAUGGUUCACGUAUUGCAACCGAUCUAGUCUUUGUCAAACAGUUCGGUUGUGAAAAAUGGACUGCCAUUGCAAGAGCGGUUUCUGUAGUUGUUGGCCGUCGCAUAACCGUUUUAUUUUACUCGCACUAAUGUCUUAGGAAUCCUGCAUUGACGGGGUGUAGUUAUCGUGUGCAACUUAGAAUAUUGGUGUGAAUUGCUCAUAACUUGUAGCAACACGACGGCUUAAUCAUGCAUAUCGUAUACAAAUUAUAUGCAAAUUUACUCUUCUUGAAAAAAAAACGCCCACGAAUAUUAAAUUGUUUUGCCGGCGAUACAAAAAAUGUACUUAUUGCAUUGUAGUAUCUCGUCACAUCUAGGCCUACUAUUCCUAGAAAAGGAAAGCUUUAAAAUACCAAUCAUUUUUUGGUCAGGAACUCUAAAAGCAGGAGAUUGCCACUGGCAAUCUGUAACGGAAAUCCGUAGGUGUAGAUUGGGAUACACGCGGUGCGCACUACAGAUGCCGCGGUGGUUCGACUCCCACGACAUUGGUGCGAGAGGUUCGAUGUCUGAGGCUUUUAGUGUUCAGGCAACUUCAUGUACAUUGAGCAUUUCAAAGAAGAGUUGUCAUUCUUCCAGCCUAGUGGGUAUAGUGAGAUGAACUAUGAAGGCCCAUUGAAAAUCAUCGCUGAGGUGACAUGGCUACCAUCAAUAAAUAAAGUUACAGGUAUUAUUAUUAUAUACACGAUCCCUGCUCCGAAUCCACGAAGCCUUUUUCUCUCUCUCCAAAUUUAUCAGUUGGAUAGUUUUACUAAAAUGGGAGAACAAAAAGAGUCCGAGAACCGAAGUGUCUUGCAGUGACUCCAUCGUAAUUUCUGAAUUAUUCAUGACAAUGUCUUCACCAUGUUCCUUAUUGAGGAAAAAAUAUAGGUGUGCUGGUCGUACCAAAUGUAUGUACAUGUAGUAUCUGUUUGAUAUAUAAAUAUUCUGUACACAAGUGACUCAGCCCGGUGGUUUGGCGUACAAGAAAUGAUAGCUCGCAUCGCCGACGUUUUGUUAUUGUCAUAGACAUUUUACAGAUUUGUGUACAAGUUUGCAUGUGCAGCUACAACCAUUACUUAUAUAAAAAAAAA